ACAUUACCUCUUUGGAAAAGGAAGACUGGAGUAUAGACCUAAUGUGGAACCACUAGCAUCUUCUGGACUCAAAAGAGGCUGAUGGAGAAAAGUCUGGUCACCUUCAUUUUCAUUCCAUGGAAGGAUAAAGGAGCGUGCAGUUGAUAGUUCUCUGAAAGUUCUGUACCUUCCAAGGUCACAUGACUAAACUGGAAGCCAUUUUGUGAUCUCAACGGUAGUUGAUGGAGGGUCCUGAGGAACAGAAAACGCCAGUUCUGUCAGAAAAUGAUUCAACACCAACAGUUUCAACAUCAGAAGUAAUGAGCUUACAAGAUCCCCAGACUCAUAUGGACCCUGUUGCUGAAACCACUGGCGACCACGGCCUCGAAACUGCCGAUGAUCAAGGCUUUCAAACGCCUGCCAACAGAGGCACCCAGGCUGCUGACGCAGCUUCUCUGGGAAACUUACUGGAAGGGAAAGGGACUCAAGAGCAAGAGAUGAGUCCAAGCCAGAAUGAACCUCCUCACGAACUUGAGGACCAGUUUAUAUUGCGUCUGCCUCUGGGACAUGCUUCUACUGUCAGGAAGAUAAUACGUUCUGAAAGUGCUACCAUGAAGGAUAAACUAAAAAUUGACUUCUCUCCUGAUGGCCGCCAUGCAGUUGUUGGGAUAGAAGAUGUUUUACUAGAUGCUAAGCUGGUUGAUCUGCCUUGUAUUAUCAAAAGCCUAAAAAUUCUCAAUAGAAAAACAUUUUAUAAAACGGCAGAUAUUUCCCAGAUGCUUGUGUGCUCUGCUGAUGGUGAUCUCCACUCUUCUGUGGAAGAGCCCAUUACUUCUACUGAUCCUAAAGUAAUCAGGAAAAGUAAAAGAAAGAGACCGAAAAAAUAUGCCUGGAAUCAUGGCAUUACUCCACCACUUAAGAAUAUCAGAAAGAAAAGGUUCCACCAAACAACAAAAAAGCUUGUUGAUUUCAAACAAACUGAAGAAAUCAGCCUCACUGAGUACAAUGAAUGUCCUGAGGAAGUGAAGAAAUUACUGCGUUCAGAUGCUGCAGCUGUCAGUGUCCGAUGGGAAGUCAUUGGUGAAGAUGAAACCAAGGAAGGAGAGAACCAAGCCUCCACCCCAGGCUUUGCAAUCCCCCCAGAAAAAACAACAUGCAAGCAGGGUCGUGUCUCAUCAGGAUUAAAUAGGCUUCAGAAGUUCGGUGAUUUGAGCAGUAACAGUGAUGAGAAGGAUGAAGACGAGGACAAGGAUGAGGAUGAAGAUGACAAAGAAGAUGAGGAUGAGGAGGAAGAUGACAAUGAAGAUGAGGAUGAGGAGGAAGAUGACAAUGAAGAUGAGGAUGAGGAGGAAGAUGACAAUGAAGAUGAGGAUGAGGAGGAAGAUGACAAUGAAGAUGAGGAUGAGGAGGAAGAUGACAAUGAAGAUGAGGAUGAGGAGGAAGAUGACAAUGAAGAUGAGGAUGAGGAGGAAGAUGACGAUGAGGAGGAUCUGGAAAAGGAGCUACAGGUCCAGUUCAUUGAAUCUGGCCAGUAUGAGGCAAAGGAAGGAGCUGAUUCAACAGUCUUGAGAAUACAGCAGCAUAUUCGUUAUGUGGAAAGGAAGCUCCAAGAGAUUCAACAGGAAGCACAAAGAAAGAGGGAUCUCCUUGCGAAAGUGGAAAACCUGUUGCUCAAGAAUUAUUUACAUUCUGUGGUGGAGCAGCUUAUGUUAGAGGAGGAGAAAAAUGAAUAGGGAGCUACAAAAUGCUUCCACCACAGUCUCUGCCUCUAGUUGGGGAGAAAUCCAUGAGAAUUUAAAGGAAUGAGAGCUCACUUUUGUCCAUGGGAAUUAGGGAAGACUUCAUGGAGAGAUGAUUGGCUGGGGCCUUAAAAGGUGGGUAGGGUUUUAAUAAGGAAGUGGGGAAAGGAGACUGUAGAAAGUAGCAUGCACAAUGGCUGAGAGACAGUGAUGCUGGGCUAAGGAGUUUAGAGUUUUGGUGUAGAUCAUAAUGAACCAUCAAAGCUUUUUAACCUAGGGAAUAAUUUAGGAAGAUUUCUCUACCACAGUAUAAGAGAAAUUGGAGAGAGGAUAGAUGAGAGGAAGAUGCAAGUGACAGAAGGAAUCAGAACUUUACAAAUGAUUGUAUUUAAAGGGCCAAAAGGGGAACAAAGAGGAGUCCAAAGCCUGGGUGGAAAAUUGUGUGCCACUAACUGAAAUGAAGACAACAGGAAGAAGAUUAUUGGCAGUGGGGGAUGGAGAAGAUGAUGAGCUGAGUUAGAAGCAUGUUGAGUUGGAAGCACUUUUGAAAAUGGGAGAUUGAAGAGUGGCUCCUGCAGAAAAGAUGACUGAAGGUGUGGGGAUAGAUGACUUAGCCAGGCUGACUGUUCAGCUACAAGUCUGAGCCUAGAGGAAAACCUCCCUUUAGCAGGUGGUGGGAGGAGAAAGAGUCCACAAAGAAAAAAUGGAGUAUUUUGUAAUGUGGCAUUCCUUUCAUUUCACAGACUGAAAAUCUACACUGGUAUGGAGUGAACUCAAUUGAAUAAUAUUCGAAAACAAUCUUUGUAACAAAGAAAGUAUACCUCUCUGAACGUUAUUGGUCACUUUGUCAUUUCAAAUUAAAAAACUUAAGUCCUACACCUCAACAGGUUUAGGGUUUCUGGUUUAGAAAGUAUUAGAAUAUGGCUACACUGAUCUCUCUGUACACUCUUUCCCAAAAGUUCUUGCAAAUUCUUAACAGCAAGCAUAUUUAAUUCUUUAAGCAUAUUCAAUUAUAAAGCUUCCUUUUAUAAGUGGCAUAAUAAAGAACAACAUCAUGGCCACAGCAUUGUGCAUACAUUCUUGAUGGUGGUGCUGUUCUUUGGAACAUUGCAAGACUAAGAUAAUCUUACAAAUGUCAAAUUACAGUAGUUCAUUUUGGUUCAUGUGAGUAAACCCUAGAUCAGGUAGUGAAAUUUAGAUUUCAGGUGAAUUUUUCAUGCUUUUCUGCU